UCAACAGUCGCCCUAGCGCCUUCCUCCAAAAACGAAAAGAAGGAAAACAAACCAAACGUGUUCUGGGACUAUACUACAUCUAAGACUGGAGAAACUGUUUUUUAAAACUUGUUUAAAGAUAUUCUGUGGCACAGUGACUGUAGCUGUACACCGACAGACCAACACACUUGGUGGUGACAACAACAACCAGCUAAAAACAAAGUGCGAACUUAGCUAACAUUUACUCACAAAUAGGAAGAGGCUAACAACUGCAGGACUACUUGGCGCUUUUUAGAUGAAGAGAAUACUUAACUUAUAGUGAUCAACAAAAUGGAUUUCAGCACAGCCGACCUGCCCACUCCUGUGGCACAUGACUCUCCAGGGAAGGGCAGCUCUGAUGACGAUGUGCCUCUCUCGAAGCUCCUGGCAAAGCCACGCAGUGAGGAGAAACACUUAACUUCUGAUGACUCUUCAGAUGAUGAGCCGCUGAUAAAAAUGAAAACAAAACUUGAAUCCGUUAAUAAACCAGAGAAAACAGAAAACACAUCAUCCAGAUCUAAUGGCACAAAUAACAAAAAUGCAGAUUUGAACACAGAUGAUAGCUCUGACAAUGAGCCUCUGAUUAAGAUCGCAAGAGUGUCUUCCAAAGCUGCAAAGAAGCCUUUUCCAGUGCCUCCCAGAAAAUCUGCCAAUACAAAGAAAAAAGAUUCAAACACAGAUGAGAGCACUGACAAUGAGCCUCUGAUUAAGAUCGCCAGAGUGUCUUCCAGUGCUGCAAAGAAGCCUCCAAAAAAAUCAGCUGAUACAAAGAAAAAAGAAUCACCGGUCGACGAUGAUAGUUUGGAUGAUGAGCCUCUGAGUGAAAUUGCCAAGAAACUUAAAUCAAAACAUCAGAAAAAAGAAUCUGUCGUGUCAUCUAGAAAAGAAACCCCAGUUAUGAAAUCCAAAAGGAACGCGGCAUUGAAAAAGGUUAAAUAUGCAGAGUCUUCCAGUGACAGCUCAGACGAUGAACCGCUGGCAACAAUACAGAGGAAGAAGACAAAGGAUGCUAAAGAGCAGAAGACUUCAGCAAACAGCAAGAAAACAAAAACAAAACUAACAGACAGAUCACCAAAAGACAGCAGCUCUGAUGAUGAUGAGCCCUUGGUGAACCUCAUUGCCAAUAAGAAGAAACCAGUGAAGAGAAGCACAAAGAAAACAACUACACCACGAGGUGGUGCAUCAAAAAAGAGACGAGGACUCUCUGAUGAAAGCUCAGAUGAUGAACCCUUGAUUAACCUGGUGAAAAAGAACCACGCAGGCAAACAAACAAAAACCAAAACAAAGGUUUCAACUCCAAAAAAGAGGGACACAACUCCCAAAAAGCCAAGAAAGACGCUUGUUUCAGGAUCAGCAAGCAACAGUUCAGAUGAUGAACCCUUAAUCAAAGCAGUCAAACACCCACAAGUGACCAAGCUCCUGAAAAUAAUACUAGAGAGGUGUGAUGGUGAAGAUGCUGGGCCAACAGGAAGCCUGAACACAGUCACAACAGAAGCAGAAACGCAAGUUGCUGAACAGCCCACAAAGGAAAAAUCAGAGUGUUCAGAAGAAUCAUCAGGAGAAGAAUAAACAGAAGAAUCAUAAAACUGUAACAGUGUGAAGGAACAAGUCAAGUUCAAACCACAUAGUGGCUCCAAGUUUGAGGAACUUCCCAAAAAUUCUUAAUCCCACGGAGAGACACCUCCCAAACAUCACAAUUUGUGUUCAUGUAAAAUGACUCUGUGUUUUAUAUACAUACAUGUUAAGUUAAGGUGAUAGUACUAUCAGUAUUUUUACUCCAGUUUUUAGGUUGGGACCAUGUUUUGCAGGUUCCUGAAAGAUUUAAUGUACAGUCUUUUAUGUUAUUUUACCAUUUGUGCCUGUUGUUUGCAUUUACUGUUUUCAAUGGAUUUAUUUUUUUUUAAAUAAUAAUUUAACACUCGUUGAUGUACGUUAGAUUUCUGGUUUCCUAAGAAGUGUACACUCAGCAUGCAGCAGUGAAAAUCUAUUGUGUUGGAUUAAACUGUUUUCACUUUGAAAAUUCA